AUGUCCCUCCGAAAUCAUGAUGACUCAACAACAGCCAACAAUAAGAACACUGAACAACUUUUUCACUCACCAUCAUCGGUACAACCAUCUCUGAGUGAAAAAUUAAGUAUUGUGAAUGAAUGGCUUACCUAUGAUUUACUUCAACAAGAUAUUCCUCCAUUUGAAAAGAAUGAAGUAACCAUCCAUUUGCUCUAUCAACUAGUACUCUAUAGCCGCAAGCAAUCUCUCCAAUCCAACACUCUGAUGAAUCAUUACAAACAAAAAAUUGUGGAAUAUCAAUCGGAAAGCAAAAGGAUGGAAUAUCUUCUCAAAUCAUUGCAUUUGUCAUCCUCAUCAUGUCAAUCCGAAGAUUUUGGUGUUCCGAAUAAUAGCCUUCACUCUCAUCAUCAUCACUCUCGGAAUACGAGUGAUAUUUUUUCAAGCCACCAACAUGAUCGUCCAUGUAAUUUCCAAUCCAAGAGGAGCGAUCAAAAACCUUCUUCUUCUUCACCACCACCACCACCACAACAACAACAACAACUCAACGACUCUACGAUCAUCAACAGGUUAGCUGAAUUGGCAUCCCUACUCCAACUCAAAAAACCUUCUCAAUCAUGUUUCAUGGAUGCUCUCUACGAUUUAUCGAAUGAACAUUUACAAACAUUACAAGAAUCAAACGAGUUGAAGCAUACCAUUCAAGAUUUAUCCAAAAAAUCUAUUGAACACAUUCAAAAAACACAAUACCUCAAUGAAAUUUAUCAACAAUUUAAUCAAGAAAUUCAACAACGAGAACAUGAAGAUAGUCUACAAGAACGUUUAUCAACUAUUGAGUACUUGAAGAGAAAAUCUCAAGAAUAUCAAUUUCAAAUCACUCAAUUACAACAAGAACUUGAUGAAUCUCUAUCAAUUGCAAACGAUAUGGACAUUUCUCAAUCCUUCUUGAUUGAAAUGUACCACAAGAUACAGAAUUUAAAGAAAGAGAUGACCCCUAAACUUGCUAUCAUUGAAAAGUAUCAUCACUUGCCACCCGAUGUACAUCAAGUCAAACUAGAAAUUUCCAAUGUCAAACAAGAAUUGAAACAAUUAGAAGAAAUUUUCAAUCAAAAAGCUCAACAUAUUUGGUUUGACUAG